GGGUGCGGCACCCCGCCCGCCGCGCUUGCUCGGGUGGGCGGGGCUUGGCGCCGCGGCGGAAGUGGAAGUGACGUAGGCGGAAGGGGCUCGUUGCUAGGACACGGGGAUGAUCCGCUCAGCCGUCGCCAUCCACCCCGCCUGCCUGGGGCUGUACUGCGGCCGCACCGUCCUGGCCGUCAACGGCUCCGUGGAGACCUACGGGGACUGCGGGGUGUGCCCGAGGGGCCAGCGGACCGACGAGAACAAAAUCUGCCGGGAAUGCGUGGGGUCUCCCGACCGCUACGACUGGCUGUACCUCGGCUUCAUGGCCAUGCUGCCCUUGGUCCUGCACUGGUUCUUUAUUGAGUGGUAUUCAGGAAAAAAGAGCUCCAGCGCGCUGCUGCAGCACAUCACCGCCUUGUUCGAGUGCAGCGUUGCGGCGAUUGUUACGCUGCUCGUCAGCGACCCCGUUGGCUCCCUGCACAUCCGAUCCUGCAAGGUGAAGAAGCUUUCGGACUGGUACACGAUGCUCUACAAUCCGAGCCCCGAUUACAUCACCACAGUGCACUGCACCCACGAAGCCGUCUAUCCCCUGUACACCAUCGUGUUCAUAUAUUACGCCUUCUGCCUUGUGCUAAUGAUGCUACUCCGACCUCUGCUGGUGAAGAAAAUUGCCUGUGGCUUAGGGAAGUCCGAUCGAUUUAAAAGUAUUUACGCAGCACUUUACUUCUUCCCUGUCCUCACGGUGCUCCAGGCGGUUGGAGGAGGCCUGCUCUAUUACGCCUUUCCGUACAUCAUACUGGUGUUGUCGUUGGUCACAUUGGCUGUCUACAUGUCUGCUUCUGAAGUGGAGUCUUUCAAGGAUCUCCUUGUCAGGAAGAAAAGGCUGGUUGUCCUCGUCAGCCACUGGCUGCUCCACGCCUAUGGAAUCAUCUCCAUUUCCAAACUGGACAAGCUGGAGCAGGACCUGCCGCUGCUUGCCCUCGUCCCUGCGCCUGCCCUCUUCUACGUGCUGACAGCCAAGUACACGGAGCCAUCACGCAUACUCUCAGAGGGGGGAAAUGGACAUUAGAAAGAUCCUGUGCCAACAGUGCUGUCCCGCAACGACCUGGAGUAAGCAAGUUUCGUGCUUGGUAUGCAUUUGAAAACUUCGGGUUUAGGAGAAGCCAUUUGUGUACAAGACUUCUGGGUGAAACAUUUCUGAGACUGUAUAAUAUUAAAAAGCUGCACUUUGUGUUCUUCACAAACAUCUAGUAUAGAUCAAAGGGAAUGUCUGUAUUUAUUGCCCUGAAUUUGCAUAAAAAGCUUCUGACACAUUC